UUUGUUGUUCUUCAUAUCACUUUUUUCAGAAAUGUGUAGAAUUCAGUAACUAUUAGGUUAAACGAAAUUCACAUCACACUAGCUUUGCUAUUUCCUCCUCAGGGAAUGAGAUUUACAAAAUUCCCUGGUGUUAUCUUAUUAAGCUAUACUAACCUGCCGGGAGCUCCGAUCUCUGUGUCAAACAUAAGAUCUUCCGGUCUAUACUACUUGGCAGAGCUAGUGGAAGAGUACACUGUUACCGCAAAAUAUAUUAUAACAUGGACAGUUAUGAUAACAAUAGGUCUUCACAUAUGUCUAAUGAUUUUCGAUGAUUUACCAUUCCAUCUGAACGCACUAGGAUUGGUGCAACAAACUCUACAUAUAGUUCUGCUCCGGGAGUUCCCCGUAGUACGGGUGACGAGUCCAGCGUUUGUAGGGGCGGUGGUCACCCUCAUUUUACACCACUAUACUGCUUUUAAGUAUUUUGGGAUGGUGUAUUACAAUUUUUCUGAGGUUCUGGCCUACUUUACGCUUUGUCUGUGGGUUGUGCCCUUCGCACUCUUCGUGUCUCUGUCUGCUAACGACUAUGUUUUACCCACUACUGGGGAAAAGCAACCUUUACUGGGCGAUAACAACGUAGUUACAGACUACCUGUCUCGAAAAUCGAAACGGUACAGCCUACUGUCGUUUUUUAGCUUCGCCAAAGACUCCAUAUUGCCACAGAGAAACAAGAAAGCGUACUGAACUAAAGUUUUCAAAUGCGCCACCAGACUUAGCGUUGCCGUAAGAUGGCGUUGCGUUUCUUUUUUCAGACCAGAGACAAGAUUACUAAGAGAUAUGUCCCAUUGCUCAGUUGCGCUCCGUUGCGACGCCGAUGUACGUGCGUUGCAACUCAUUGACAUUGACGUGCGUUGACGUACGUCAAAACUCCAUACAAUUUCUGCGUUGUCUGUCGACGGACGUCAAAACGACGGAGCGCGACUGAACAAUGGGGCAUGGCUCAAAAGACAUAAAGUUAGUAUCCCAUAACACAAGUCUCGAACUUAGUUUGGGGCUAGCUCAAUCUGUGUGAUUUGUUAAUAUUUGUAAUUUAGUAUGAAUGAGAUGAAUGAUUGCCAUCAGUAUCGUAAAAAUGUAAAAUUGUAAUAUUUUUUUAUGUGACACAACGUAUUAUAUAAAAAUUGGUCCAACCGUUUGAGCGUGAAAAAGUAACAAACAUACAAACUUUCGUUUAUAUAUUUUUUGUGGGAUAUAAUAUAGUUGGCCCUACGUUCGCGCCGUCGAGUCACGUCGAAACCUUCUCUAUGAUCAAGAUUACGUUUAAAAAAUAUUGUUUCCAGAGUGAUGUCCGAUCGAAUAGUUUCCAUCGAGCCUCACCUCUUGGACUAAAAUAUCUGUGUACUGUACAAAAUCAUUGAAAUUAAUGAUGUCUAGUCAAAAUGACAAAAUAUCUACCUGAUCUUUGUGUAUAAUGUCUAAUUUAUGUAUAUAUAUAUAUAUUAUAUAAAUUUUUGUAUUUUUUUUUUCGGUUUUAUGUAAAUCAUAGAUUAAAAUUGUGCGUACAUUUUAUGAAUUUAUGGUUUCAAUAUUAAUUAUUAUAUGAUUUAGACUGUCGUCAUAAGCAGGGCGCAUUCAUUUUUUUUUCAAAUCGAUUUAUUUCCUCUCAUAAUUAUUUAUUUUAUUAUAUAAUUAACAGUAAAAAAGGCGAAUCCUAUUUUUUUUUAUUUUGAAAGCGCCUUCCUUAUGACAUUGAUGGAUUUUGUAAAAAAAAAAAGUUGGUAUAAAAUUAUUUAUAGUUCCGAUAUAGCUUAAAAUAAGUAAGUAUCCACUUAAGUACGAGUAUUUUGAAUUCCUUUUUUACAGAACCGAUGGUUUAUUUCUAAAAAAAAAAAUUUUUUUUCUAAUCUAAUUUGUUCGUUUUUCAAAAAUUCUAAAAUCCUGUAGUAUAAUGGGCAUUGUGUGAUAAAUAAAUUAUUGAAUUUUGUAUCCAAGUAAUGUAUAAAUUAAUUAAUAGGAAAUAAAAAAGGAACUUUCGUUUUA